UUGAGUGUUUCAUCAUCUAUUUUUAAUAGUAUAUGUAAUUUGACACAAAAACAUUGCAAACUUUGAUUUCCAGCAACUGAUUGACAACCUUGAUCGUGAUCUGCAAUAUGCUAUAAGAGUUGAGGGUAAGAUGGACUUGGAUUCCGUAUCUAAUUAUGAUGAAGUGAGGAGUUCUAUCUUUGAAAAGGCUGAGCUUUUCGACAAGUUUCUCAAUGGCUCAACCUUAGUGGAAUGCUAUUCAGCUGUUGCUUCUGUUGCCAACCGCUGGCUUGAUCUUCUUGAUAAUCAAGGAAAGGAUAUUGCGGACAAUGAGUUGCUCGAUUAUAUAUCUGAAUCAAGUACCAUGAGUAAGUCUCUAGCAGACUACCAAAGUCAUCAUCGACAUUCACAAUAAGUUCAGUCAGAGAAAAGGAGGCUCUCAUGCAAUGAUCCCAAAGUGAAGAAUAGGAAGAAUGUCAAGAAAAAUGACAUUAUUGAGUUUUCAAUGUAUAGAUAUUUCUUUUAUGAAAAGUGCUUCUUAAUAAGCAAUGAAUAUUGUAUAAUAUAUGUUUGUUUAUUUUUUUAUUAAAGUUAAAUAAUUUAUUUGAUUAAUAAUGUUAAA